GCUCACAUGCCUGUCAUUCCGAAUUAAUCCUCGGAUUCAAGCUAGUAGGAAUUGUGGUCGGAAAUGAAGAUGGAGGUGUAUGUUGAUAAAUGAUUUAGAUAGUGGAUUUAUGAAGUAAUUCAUAGCUACCCAUAUGCUUGGACGGAACAAUAGUGGACUUGGAGACAAAAGGAAAUCUCGAGAUAGCAUGAUAGUAGAGGUGUGUCCACAGCAGAUGACGGAAGAUGUUGGCUAUGAACCAAGGAGUGGUGGAGGAAUGGCUGUCGGAGUUUAAGACCCUUCCUGACAGUGCAGUGUCUAGCUACGCAGCGUCUCUGAAGGAGAAAGGCUCCCUGGUCCCAGCGCUCUACAAAGUCAUCAGAGAGAACUACAGUGAUCUGUUGGAACCCGUGUGUCACCAGCUGUUUGAGUUCUACCGUAGCGGGGAGCUUUGGCUACAGCGGUUUGUGCUCCAGUUCCUCCCUGAGCUGCUCUGGUCCCUCCUCCUGGCUCCGUCUGCAGCCAGGGACCCACACACCUCAGGCUGUAUAGAGGCCCUGCUACUGGGGAUAUACAACCUGGAGAUCGUAGAUAAGGAUGGACAGAGUAAAGUCCUCUCUUUCACUGUCCCCUCCCUCUCCAAACCCUCAGUCUACCACGAGCCCUCCCACAUUGGCUCCCUGGCGUUGACUGAAGGGGCUUUAGCCAAUCACGGGCUGAGUAGAGUGGUGUACAGCGGGCCUCACCUACAGAGAGAAACCUUCACUGCUCAGAACAGGUUCGAGGUGCUGACCUUCCUGCUGCUGAGUUACAAUGCGUCCCUCAGUUACAUGUCCUCCUCCUCUCUGCAGUCCCUCUGCCAGCUCAGCUCCAGGGUGUGUAUCUGUGGUUUCCCACGACAACAUUUGAGGAGGUAUAAAGGUAUCAGCUCUCGUCUGACCGUCACUUCUGAGUUCCUGGUUCAACUCGUCACUGGGAUACACUACGCACUGUGUAAUGGGGAGAUGGACCUCGGUUCCAAGGCGCUGGAUGAUGUUCUGUACCGAGCUCAGCUAGAAUUGUUCCCUGAAGCUCUACUGGUGGGUAAUGCCAUCAAGUCCUCUCAACAGUGUGCAGCGCUAAAGUCUGGCGCUAGUAAAGAAGGAACUCGCAUCAUUCAGGUGGAGAUGACUCCUACUUCCUCUAGGAUCUCACGGAACGCAGUCACAUCACUCUCUAUCAGAGGACAUCGCUGGAAGCGACAUGAUGCAGUGGAUUUGGGUUCCCCGGACGAGUUGAUGGAUAUCUCGGAAGUGGAUGAAGGGGUGUGUCCUAAAAGAGGGUCCGGCCCGGACUACCUGACUCCGCCCACCAUCACUAUCAGCAACAGUAUCACCCCUGGGGUGGGAGGGACCAAGACAGGAAGCAGGAAGUGGCAUUUAGGUGGACGGUCGCAUAAGGAGAAGGAGACUUGUACUCCAGGGGGGAAGGCUUUGAUCGAGAACCUGGAUCUGUCAAUCAAACGUCUGACGCUGACGUCCAGCCAAUCGGUGCCCAAGGGGCCGACCCAUAGCGCUCUGAGCAGCCUAUCGCGUACAGCCAGCGCCGUGUUCUCCCGCUCCUUCGAAGGAAACAACACUGGAGGUCAUCGUGGUAACCCAGAGGCUGGCCGCUAUUCAUGCAGUGGCAGUCUACAGGAGGAGGAGCUAGGCUAUAUAAGCCCCUCCCACACCCAGCGCUCGCCAAGCAUCAGGGUGCACUUUAGGAGUGACCUGUGAACCCUGAUAUUUAACCCUUGACUUCUCACCACCCACCUAAACCCUCUAACCCCAUGCCUUUUGAUCUGGACUCCCAGCCUGCCAGUGGGACUGGAACCCAAACUCAUUAACACAUGCCCUCCCUUCUUUCCUCUCCACACCAUUCUUCAUCUCCCCCACCUCUUCUUCUCCAGUAGGACAGCUUCCCACCUCCAAAGGCCGGCUCCUCUCCUCCCCCUCCUCUCUCCCCAAAGCAAGAGCCUGGUGUGAGAGAGCCGGGACCCUGGGUCCAGCCCUCAUCCCUGGAGUUACUGAACCACCCCCCCUGGUGGUAACUAGACAGAACUGCAGACUGGACAGAGUGACUCACUACAACUGUUUUUGUAAAAGGUUUGGAAAUUGAGUAUUUAAAAAAAAAACUCCUGUUUGUCCUGCUUGACUUUCCAUACAUCCCUCCUGACCAUUGUGUGUGUGUGUGUGUGUGUGUGUGUGUGUGAGAAUGAAUAGGAGAGUUUAGAGCCCCCAACCCCUUCCACUCUGCACCCCAAUGGUAAUCCUGUACUCCUACCCAUCAUGCACUAGGGUUUGAACAACCCCAACACAACGCCAAGUUCACACUCCUGUUGCCAUAGCAUCCCACGAAACGAUUAAACGACAGAUUGCUAAAUUGUAGAACCCCCCCCCCCCCAAAUGAUGAAUGUUGUAAAUGUCUGAAUACUAUUGAUUGAUGUUAUCCUAUUAGAAGCAAUAUUUUCUCACUGAUCUCAUCAAUAAACAAGCUUAUUGGGGUUUGUGUGUUUCAGAUCAAUAAGUUGAUUGGGGUGGAUUUGUUUUGAUGAUGUAUGAACUGUUCUUGUAAACUGUGGUAUGUUCCAAUGACGAAGAGAGAGACUAGGGUUUUUGUAAAGAUACACUCUGCAAUAUGACACCACCAUCAAGUGUAACGGUGGAUCCCAAACCCUCACCCCAGCCAACUCGCUUGGAGGACCCUCCGUUUGUCACAUGUUGCUUUCAAAAGAGUGGCGAGGGUGACGUCCAGAGAAUGGCGAGGGAUCCCUGAACCCAUCGACUUUGGGACACGCUCGUGGCUUGACCGACGUAAUUCAUGGUCCACAUUUUAAAUAAUAAAAUGAGCAUGACAUUUUAAAUGAACAAAUCCCCCUGUUGUUUUAAAAGAUGUAUAAACCUCAGUAACAGUUCAAUGUUUCAUUUGUGAGGUUUUUCAUCUGUUACAUGUGUCAAAUCAGGCAAACAAACAACUGCAAAGGGACUUAUAAUUGGGCACGCCGCUCAAAUUGCAAACAUAUCAUGGUGUGUGUCGGGAUAGCACUUCGCACUGCAGCCUUGCUGGCUUGGCCAACGUGGCUCUCCGAGGGUCUAAUUAGCCCCUACCCCCUUGAUUAAUUUUCACUCCCUCAGCUUUGGGACACUUGUGCAUACAGUAUGGCAGAGGCAUGUGUGAACACUCAAAUGAAGGGAGUGAUUCAGCUUAUGUAGUAGCAGGAAGUCACCCCACCGUGUAUGCUGAUGUCAUAUUGCAGAGUCGACCUUUUAACUGUGGUGUUCUAUGUACAGCAGACCAAGUCCGGUUAUAAAUGUGGCAUUUUCCUACGAGACAGAUAGUUGUUGUUUUAGCAGUGUUGAAUCCCUUCAGUGUUAAAGCACAAGAAGACCCAACCCUGCACGACCACCAUCCCAAACAUACCCUGGGCUUAGGAGGAGUGGCUAUAGGGGCGUAGGAGGAGUAGCUAUAGGGGCGGCUAGGGAGGAGGGGCUAUAGGUGCUAGGGAGGAGCGGUUAUAGGGGCGGCUAGGAAGGAGCAGAUAUAGGGGCGUAGGAGGAGUGGCUAUAGGGGCAUGGGGGGAGUGGCUAUAGGGGCGUAGGAGAAGUGGCUUUAGGGGCGGCUAUAGGGGCUAGGGAAGAGUGGCUAUAGGGGCGUAGGAGGAGUGGCUAUAGGGGCGUAGGAGGAGAGGCUAUAGGGGCAGCUAGGGAGGAGCUGCUAUAGGGGCUAGGGAGGAGUGGCUAUAGCUGCUAGGGAGGAGCGGUUAGGGAGGAGCUGCAAUAGGGGCUAGGGAGGAGCGGCUAUAGGGGCUAGGGAGGAGCGGCUAUAGGGGCGGCUAGGGAGGAGUGGCUAUAGGGGGCGGCUAUAGGGGCGUUAGAGGACUGGCUAGGGAAUUUGGAGUAGGCCUAUUCAAGCUAGGGUUGAUCUUUAUUGAUUGAUUGGUCUUUUAAUUGAUUUGUUCUCUGGUCUAUCAUAACCUGCUUUAUAAUGUAAUACACACAAAUAACACCCUUGAGGAGAGGUGUACUGCUGACUAGCAGAACAAAGUCAAAGUCACAUUCUUCUCCAUUUUGGUGGCAAUAAAGUUCACUGCGGUAAAGAUUGAGAGAAGUUUUGGGAGCAUAGAAAUAGAAUGAAUUGAAAAGACUUGGAAGCUCUAACCCUGGCAAUUUGGCUGGUAAAUUCAUGGAUACACUUGCAAUGGCUGCCUGGUAUUGUAACGCAAUAUUUUUCAAAGUAAUGUAGAAUGUUCAUUUAAAUUGUUAACUAUGUGGCUCAUGCAAUGAAAUGUAUUUUUUUGUAAUGUCAGUUGAGUUUAAACAAAUCACAGCACAUAUUGAUGUUUACACUUCCUGCUUUUACUUCAUGCUUUGCACAUAUGGGUACACUUGCAAUGGCCACUAGUCCAUCCAUUUUGCCAUCAUUGACUUGAAUGGUGACAUCUGUUCUAUUCAUUCUAUUUCUAUGAUUAGGACUCCGUAGAUCAGACAGAACACUGUUUCCUACUGGAGAUCUGAAUGCAGAAUAAAGUCUGCCCCUCUGGAACCUUUGUGUUCUAGAACCAGUGUUCUAUCAGUCCCAGAGUUCUGUCCGUCAGUGUUCUAGAUCUGUUUUAUAUUCAUAUGGUGGAACAAUAACAAUCAUGUUUCUGUAUUCUGUUUUAUAGUAUGUCAUGAAUCUGUACAUAUUGAUGGACUUCAAUUGUUUGGGAUUUUCUGUCUGAAGAUAACUCACUGAUAGAGAUACUCUGUCUGAGAAUAAAGUAUUUCUAUAUUUC